CCUUAGUUGCUUCUUGUUUAAUUUUAAAGUUUAGUGGUAGAGAAAAAAAAAAAAGAAAAAAAAAAGGGGGAAAAACAGAGAAUAAGAGGAGAGGAGAGAUGGGUAGGUCGCCGUGCUGCGAAAAGGCACACACGAACAAGGGGGCGUGGACGAAAGAGGAGGACGAGCGGCUGAUCGCGCACAUACGGGAGCACGGGGAGGGGUGCUGGCGGGCGCUGCCGAAGGCGGCGGGGCUGCUGCGGUGCGGCAAGAGCUGCCGGCUCCGCUGGAUCAACUACCUCCGCCCCGACCUCAAGCGCGGCAACUUCUCCCUCGACGAGGACGACCUCAUCAUCAAACUCCACAGCCUCCUCGGCAACAAAUGGUCUCUGAUCGCCGCGAGGCUACCGGGGCGAACGGACAACGAGAUCAAGAACUACUGGAACACGCACAUAAGGAGGAAGCUGCUGAGCCGAGGCAUAGACCCCGUCACCCACCGGCCCCUCAGCGAGAGGGGCAGCAGCCCCUCCAACGCAGCAGCAACCGCUUUCGAAACCGCAAAACAGGAGGGGACGCCCGACGACGACCACGCCGCCGUCGACGCCGCAGAGUCGAUGUCUUUAUCGCAGCAGCAGCAGCAGCAGCAGCAGCAGAGGCCCAAGUGCCCGGACCUCAACCUGGAGCUGUGCAUAAGCCCGCCCCUCCAAGAAGAAGAGGAGGCGGCGUUGGUGAAGCCCCCCGUGGUGAAGAGAGAGGGGGGAGGGCUCUUCUGUUUCAAGUGUUGUGGCCUCGGCGUGAAGAAGGAGAUGAUGGAGUGCAACUGCAAUAAUAGCUUUCUCACCCUUGGUAUGCAAUUACUGGAUUAUAGAAGCCUCCAAAUGAAAUAAAGAUCAGUGUUUUUUUUU